AUGGCUACCGCACCACAAGAACAGGCCAUCAAGGCUCCCAAGCGACGAACCAAGCACACGCGUGAGGCUCUGCCCAAGGUCGGCUUCGUCUACAAGGAGGGCGUCAAAAUGUUCCAAAGGGAGCAGGAUUCGGCGGCGUUCAAGCAGGCCCUGCAGCAGGUAUCGUCCAACCUCCACAAGAUAGAGGUCGACGAGGCCCUCGCUGAGCUCUUCACCAAGGCGAAGGAACUGAAGAAGCAGGGCUCGAUUCAGCUGGCUCCGACUUUCGAGGCGGCAGGCAAGGCGAUCCCGUGGUCCUCCUCGCUUGACGAGCACAUCGUCGUCGAAGCGAUGUCCUUCCUGCGAGGUGCCCGCGAGCUUCACAUCAAGUUCACCACCUACCGAGCCUUUCCGCAGAACCACAUCACCGAGGGCAAGCUCGCCAAGGCCAUCGACACGUUCACCGACAUCUACCCGGCCAAGGAGCCCGACGAGAGCUUCAAGAGAAUGGACCCAAAGAUGAUCGACGGGAUGAUGGACAAGAUGCGUAAGGGGCAGAAGGCCAAUUGGGACGAGAUGCCGGAUGACGCGGGCGACUCGGACGUGGACAUGGUCGGCAACAAGAGUACCGACAAGGGCACCAAGGACUUGGCCGCCUUGCUCAAGGCGGUUUCGAUGAAGUAA